AUGACGACUACCAAUGGGGAUGAGAAUGAGAAUAGUUUGGAAUUGGUAGAGCCAAAAGGUUCUAGAGAGGAUAAAGAAAAGAAUAAGAAGAAGAAAAAAGUGAAAUCUGUGGAGUCUGUAGCGGUGGAAAAGAAGAUGGAGGAUCACAAUGCGGUUUCGAGAUUUAAGAUAUCGGAGCCGUUGAGAGAAAAGUUGAAGGAAAAGGGAAUUGAGUCGUUGUUUCCUAUUCAGGCAAUGACGUUUGAUACCAUUCUUCAUGGUUUUGAUUUGGUUGGUAGAGCUCGCACUGGUCAGGGUAAAACUCUUGCCUUUGUAUUGCCAAUAAUAGAAUCUAUAACAAACGGUCCAGCCAAAGCCUCAAGAAAGACUGGCGAUGGGAGGUCACCGAGUGUUCUUGUGCUUUUACCUACUAGGGAAUUGGCCUGUCAGGUGAAUGCUGAUUUUGAAGUUUAUGGAGCGGCAAUGGGAUUAAUCUCUUGUUGUUUAUAUGGAGGAGCUUCUUAUCAAGCUCAAGAGAUUAAGCUUAAGCGAGGCGUGGAUAUUGUUAUUGGUACACCAGGCCGCAUAAAGGAUCAUGUAGAGCGGGGAAAAAUCGACCUGAGCCAACUAAAGUUUCGUGUCCUCGACGAAGCAGAUGAGAUGCUGAGAAUGGGUUUUUUUGAAGAUGUUGAACUGAUCCUUGGUAAGGUUAGAAAUGUAGGUAAAGUUCAGACGCUUCUUUUCAGUGCGACUUUGCCAGACUGGGUUAAGCAUAUUGCUAAAAAAUUUCUUAAGCCAGAUAAGGAAACUGCGGAUCUUGUUGGCGAUACGAAAAUGAAGGCCAGUACCAGUGUUAGGCAUAUUAUUCUUCCUUGUACUGGCUCUGCCAGGUCCCAGCUUAUCCCAGACAUUAUUCUCUUUUACAGCAGUGGAGGUCGAACAAUUAUAUUCACGGAGACAAAGGAAUCGGCCUCUCAGCUCGCAGAGUUGUUGCCUGGAGCAAAAGCACUCCACGGCGACAUACAGCAAGCACAACGUGAGGUUACUUUGAAUGGCUUUAGGUCUGGGAAAUUCAUGACAUUAGUUGCCACUAAUGUGGCUGCGCGGGGUCUGGAUAUUAAUGAUGUUCAGUUAAUUAUUCAGUGUGAACCUCCAAGGGAUGUUGAAGCCUAUAUUCAUCGUUCUGGGCGCACAGGAAGAGCAGGUAACACUGGAGUUGCUGUAAUGCUAUAUGAUCCAAGGAGGUCGAAUAUAUCUAAAAUAGAAAGGGAGUCGGGUGUUAAAUUUGAACAUGUAUCUGCCCCUCAGGCUAAUGAUAUUGCCAAAGCUAUUGGUGCAGAAGCUGCAGAAAUGAUAACUCAAGUGUCUGAUAGCGUGAUUCCUGCAUUCAAGUCUGCUGCCGAGGAUCUUUUAAAUAACUCUGGUUUAUCGGUCGUUGAUUUACUUUCAAAGGCUCUUGCCAAGGCUGUUGGUUAUACAGAGAUCAAGAAAAGAUCUCUAUUAACUUCUAUGGAGGAUUAUGUUACAUUACUUCUUGAGACCGGGAGACCUAUCUUUACACCAACUUUUGCAUACAAAAUGUUGAGGAGGUUUUUGCCCGAAGAGAAGGUCGAGGCUGUGAAAGGUCUUGCUAUUACUGCAGAUGGAAACGGUGUAGUUUUUGAUGUACUAGCCGAAGAUUUAGAUACAUAUCUUGCUGGUAAGAAAAACGCCUCAGAUGUAAGUUUAGAGGUGUUAAAAGCUUUGCCGCCUCUACAACAGAGGGAUCAAUCAAGAGGCGGAAGAUUUGGAGAUGGAAAUGGCCGCGGCGGGAGAAGCGGUGGUGGCGGAAGGAAUAGUAGAUUUUCAAAUGAUAGGUUUACGAAUGGUGGUGGUGGUAGAGGUCGUGGCAACUGGGGUGGGAAAAGAUGGUGA